AGGAUUCCUGGAAGACCACGGAGUUUCCGGUUCUCUCCCACCGGGAGUCUAAAGACCUGUUCAUCCUGGGAGGAACUGAUGACAUUCAGGUGCUGCUGGAUGACAGUACCAUCAACAUGGCCACGGUGGCGUCCUCUCGCUACGUCGGACCCAUCAAGACCAGAGUAGACGAGUGGCAGAGGCAGCUAAACCUCUUCAGCCAGACACUGGAAGAGUGGCUGACGUGUCAGCGUAACUGGCUGUAUCUGGAGAGUAUCUUCAGUGCUCCAGACAUCCAGAGACAGCUUCCUGCUGAAGCCAAGAUGUUCCUCCAGGUGGACAAGUCCUGGAAGGAGAUUAUGAGGAAGGUCAACAGGCUUCCCAAUGCUCUGAGGGCUGCUACACAGCCAGGUCUGCUGGAGAUCUUCCAGAACAACAACGCCCUGCUAGAUCAGAUCCAGAAGUGUCUGGAGGCCUACCUGGAGUCCAAGAGAGUCAUCUUCCCCAGGUUCUACUUCCUGUCCAACGAUGAGCUCCUGGAGAUCUUGGCUCAGACCAGGAACCCCCAGGCCGUUCAGCCCCACCUCAGGAAGUGUUUUGAUGCUAUCGCCCGCCUGGAGUUCGCCCUGCUGCCCCCUCCGCCCCCCGGCGCCAUGACAACGCAGCCUGCAGACGGAGAGCAGGAGAAGGUCUACAGCAACGACAUUCUGGCCAUG